AUGGAAGAUGAAUUAAAAGCUUAUGUUGAACCUGUUCAAGAACUAAUUAAUAUUGACUCUGACGAGACAAAAGAUGUGCAAGCUGAGGAAAGGGAAGAAGUACAAGCUGGUGAAAGAGAUGAUGUGCAAGCUGAGGAAAUGGAUGAAGUGCAGGUAGAGGAAAGGGAAGAAGUGCAGGAAGAUAAUGAUGACUUGGGUGAUAUUGAAUUCGAUGACUUAGAUGAAGAUGUUGGGAUUGGACACAUGCAGUACCUAGGCAUACCUUUGUGCAAGAAGAGAAUGACAGGAACCAAGUGUCUUCAAAUCAAGAACCAACAACAACUGAUUUUAAUGAAGGCAAACAAGUUGAUUCAUAUGAUCUUGAUACUCCACAAGGAAGUGAAGAUGAAGGUGACAAACAUAGGUAUCCAAAAUUCAAAAUUCUUGAAAGUGGGGAAGAAAUGA